UAAGAAUCGAGAUGUCCUCCUGGAUAUCUCGGGCGACCGCGAACCACAAUGCGCAGCUCGUCACCACUGCCGUUGUAUCGGGCGUAGUCGUUGGAAGCGCCAUUCUGGGGUUGCAGAAAGCAAAACGUAUGUACAGAGUUGCUGAUCUCAAAGCAUCAAUACCUGAGGCAGAGGAAGGCCAUCAUUCAAACAGAUUGACAAACUAUGGUGCUGCUUCUGAUGCAUUUCCAAUAAGCAAGGAAGAUGAAAAGAGCAUGGCGCUGGCCGCGAGAGCACGAAAAGGCGAUUACGAUGAUGAUCUGGUUCUGGAACAACUGGCUCGAAACCGUGUAUUUCUUACCGAUGAUGGUCUUGCAAAGCUACGUGACGCCUUUGUCAUCGUUGUCGGCUGUGGUGGUGUCGGAUCUCAUGCCGCAUCAGCACUGGCUCGCUCUGGGGUAUCUAAACUACGCCUGAUUGACUUUGACCAAGUCACACUCUCAUCUCUCAACCGACAUGCUGUUGCUACUCUAGCAGAUGUGGGAACUCCCAAAGUUCACUGCAUUCGGCGAAGACUGCAACAAAUCACCCCAUGGACCAAUUUCGAUUGCCGGAACGAGCUUUUCGGGGAAGCCACGGCUUCGGCACAACUCGCUCCCCUCAAUGGCCAAGCACCCACUUUUGUGAUUGAUGCCAUCGACAAUAUAGAGAGCAAAGUAGCGCUGUUGUAUUACUGCUCUAAGAACAAGAUCCCGGUCAUUUCUUCGAUGGGCGCGGGAUGCAAGUCUGACCCCACGCGAAUCUUCGUCGGCGACAUCUCUACUAGCACAGACGACGCUUUGUCAAAGUCUACAAGACGGCGGCUUCGAGCACUGGGAGUCAAAGAUGGCAUUCCCGUCGUCUUCUCCACAGAAAGAACUGCCCCAGGGAAAGCCCAACUUCUACCCCUCGCAGAAGAAGAAUUUGCCAAGGGCAGCGUUGGCGAGCUCGGCGUCCUCCCCGAUUUCCGCGUCAGAAUCCUUCCAGUGUUGGGAACUAUGCCGGCCAUCUUUGGCCUUGCGGUUGCAAACCACGUCAUUCUCGAGGUUUCCGGUUACCCGCAUGAUUAUCUACCUUCUAAAGCGCGCGACAAGAUGUACGAUGGCAUCUUGGGCUCGCUUCAAGGUGCAGAGGAGCGCAUAGCUCGUGCACAGGGCUUCGACUCUCAGGGCCUCAAAAUCCCUAUCACGCAGGACGACGUCGGGUAUUUGGUUGAGGAGGUCUACCAUGGAAGGAGCGUAAUCAGCAACUUGUCAACCCGUCUGGUUCUCGUGAGGUGGAACAAGCCUACCCAGGACUUUAUCGAUAACCGCACACCUGGCCAGAAGAACUCUCUGCUACAAAUGAAAGAUCUCGUUCUCAUGACCAAGGAAGAGGCAACAAAACACGAGAAGGAGAUCCUGAAGGGCGAUCAGAAAGUAGAGGAUCUGUAUGAUCAGAAGAUUGUUGAUUUAGUACGGGGGAAGAUGGAUGAAGAAAGCAAGUUUGAGAGAUUCAGGUGA